AUGGCGCUCGAAACCUCCAGGUUUUUGUUUGUGCUGCUCGUGAUCUCAGCUGCCACUGUGCUUUUCAUUUUAUCAUGGGGACAUUUCUCAGAAAGCAUCAGCUGGACUGCCGUGUUGGGAAACAGCAGACACAGAGGUGAAGACAGUCUGUUUGUCAGUGAUACUAAGUUACGGGAUGAAAAAGGAAGCACCACUCCACUUUCUGCAGUGUUCACAGAAACAAACCCAGCGGCAACGCUAAAAAUCAGGGCCUCUACCCACGCCGCUGUGGCUGAGACACCCAUGCCGGUCCUCUCCGUGAAGUCCUUCAAGAAGCUUCCUCUGUGGGAUUUUGAGGGCGUUUAUAACCAGGACGCCCCACCCAGAGAUUCUACGUGUGCCCAGUCUCUGCAAAACUCUGAGGAUGAGAGCUUCAGGGAGGCUUUUCUUCCCAACAUCCGUCUGUUUCUGCACAAAGACAACAUCAACAUGAGCGAGUGGAAUCGACUUUCACACUUUCACUACCCCUUUGGAUUUAUGGGGUACAAGUAUGACGAUGUGAUGGCUUCAGUGAAGCUGAUCCCAAAGCCUCAAGAGCCGCUACUCCACCCAAAGCCGGGCAGCGAUGGCUGCAUACGCUGUGCUGUGGUGGGCACUGCAGGGAUCCUCAACGGCUCCAAAAUGGGGAAAGAAAUCGAUGCUCAUGAUUACGUUUUCCGGAUGAACGGAGCAAUCAUCAAAGGUCACGAGGAAGACGUAGGAAGCAGGACGUCGGUGUACGUUCACUCGGCACGCUCCAUGACUGCGUCGCUGUAUUUGUUCAAGAAGUACGGAUUCACAUCUGCGCCUCAUGAUGAGGGCAUAAAAUUUGUCAUGAUUCCUGAGGGGAUGACAGACUUCAACUGGCUUGAGGGUCUCCUCAAGGGAGAGAGGAUCUCAGCCGGCCCAUAUCACAACAAACGGCCGAGGACGUACUAUGGCGGGCAGUACAAUGAGAGCCGCUACUACGUCCUGCACCAGGAUUUCCUGAGAUACGUGAGAAACAGGUUCUUAAAGUCCGCUAAUCUGAACUCUUACUGGGCGAUAGUCAGACCAACCAGCGGAGCAUUCACUGUCCUCCUGGCUCUGCACACCUGUGACACUGUGAACGCAUAUGGAUUCAUGACUGAGGACUACAAGAAAUACUCUACCUACUACUUUGAGAAUACUAAAACGAAUGUUGUUUUUUACAUCAACCACGACUAUAUCCUGGAGAAGAAUUUAUGGAAAAAACUACACAACGGCAAAGUAAUUAGGCUAUUUCAAAGAACGAACUCAGAAAAAGGGACAGAAAAGCCAAAGUAACGCUGACACAAGCCAGUGGUUGCAUCAAGAACCAAGAUCAUUUUAUAUAUUUAUAAAGAGGUUUUCCAUUAAGAGAAAUGAAACUCUGUGAGAAAUCUGUAACACUUUUUUUCAUUUAUGAAACUACUUGUAGGUACUUGUUCUUAAGUAUUUCCCAGUGGCGAAGUAUAACUAGUGGUGGAAUGUAACUAAGUACAUUUACUUAACUACUGUUAAGCACGAAUUCGAGGUACUUGUACUUUAUUUGUAUUUCCAUUUUCUACUACUUUAUACUUGUACUCCACUCCAUCUCAGAGGCAAAUAUUGGUACUGAUUACAGCACAUGAUGUACCUUUCACAGUGAUAUU